CGACCAGACGAUCACUACAAGCUAGUGCGAGGCCUCCGUCAAUGUUUUGUCAAGCGGGCUGCGCGUCUAGGCCGAUCUGAAGCCACAGAGCAAUCGUUAGUUGCUGGGCCUGUGCUCCGAGCAUGGGUGCAACCAUGACGUAGAUCUCAAAACAUAGCGCCAUUUCCCACCAUCAAAUAUCACCACCUUGUUAUCAAGAAAGUUUCUGCUAUCUUUCCCCCUCUUCUGUCCCCCUCUCUUCCCUCCUUACAGCCUUUCCGUGGUUUCCGUUAUUGUUUGAGCUCAAAACAGCUUGAAAGUGGUGUGAAACUCCCCAGAGCUCACGUCCUCACCAUGUGGGGAUCAAAGAAAGAUCGCCCGCAGAACGGUGAUGCCCCAGAAGAUGAUCAGGCUUCCGCGAGAAGUGCGUCGAGGAGAAGUUAUGAGCCUCGAGAAGAACCGAGCGAGAGGACCAGGUUGCUCGACAGACCGAGGCCGCCGAAUUCAGACGGAUACCUUGACCCCGAUGAUCCAGCAGUAUCUCCGUACAACCUCUGGUCUGUCCGCUUCAUGCGAUGGCUGACCGUGUUUUUCCUCAUGAUCUCCUGCCUCUGGUGGACACUCCUCCUCAUAUCCAUCUUCGUGUCUCCGCCCCGCAUGCACUCACGCGGCAGCGGCUUCUUCGACUUCGCCUACACGUGCCUGACCAUUGGAAACCUCCUUGUCGCCGUCAUCUUCUUCUCCGGGCCGGCAAAAGCGUUGCGCAUCACAACCACCAUCAUCGGGGCUUUCCUCAUUAUCGAUAUGAUCAUAAUCCUCGCGGUUGGCCGCAUAAGAUUGGAGGAAGGUUGGGUAGGCAUCGUGUCCGUCGUAUGGGCGGUGCUCAUUUCGAUUUGGUGCAUCUUGACCGACCGUGUCGUGGCAUGGGGCAAGCGGGAAGAAGAGGAGAGGCUCACAGGCCGUCCAGAGACUAGGCGCACGCUGAAGGAAUGGCUUGCAGUCCUGCUCGCGACCGUCCUCACCGUCAUCUUCGUCAUCAUCGUUAUACUCAUGACGGGAACCCUUGGCAUCCGUGCUCGGGACUCUACGCUCGGCAUGUACGGCGAGCGCAUCCUCGUCGACGGCGACAAGUACGCUGUUCACUUCGCAUGCGUUGGCAAUAUCUCCUACACCAAGGGUAAGAAGGACGCAACAAUCAUGCUCGAAGCUGGCGAAGAGCCAUCCGAGUAUGACUUUGAACAUUGGGCGUACAACGCCUAUCAAAACGGCACCAUCUCGAGGUACUGCUACUGGGACCGUCCGGGCUACGCCUGGUCGGACAACGCUCCCUCUCCGCACUCAGCGGGCAUGUCCGCAGACGCGCUGUCUGAAGCUCUCGCAAGGGCCGGUGAGGAAGGGCCCUGGAUUCUGGUAUCGGCCGGAACAGGCAGCAUUGUCAGCCGCAUCUUCAGCUCGCGCCACUUGAAGGAGGUAACCGGCAUCAUGAUCGUCGACGGGAUGCAUGAAGACCUCCUCCAUCGCAUCGGCAGUCCCGGGCGUGGCUUCCUCCUUUGGGCCUGGGGCAUCAUCUCGCCUCUCGGAAUGGAGCGUCUCGGCGGCGCCAUCUUCAAAGGCCGAACCCGCGAAGACCGUGUCUACGGCCGCAACGCAUACCAGAACGGAAAGUUCAUCAAAGCCCAACUCCAAGAGAAUCUCGUUGCGGAUUCCCUCUCCAAGAACGAAGUUGUCUCCGCUCGAAACAUCCAAAGCUCCAAUACCCCAUUGGUGAUUGUAAGCAGUGCCAUCAAGUGCAGGAGUGACAACGAGUGGGAGAGAAAACAGCGGGAUUUGACCAAGUUGACGGAUAACCUGGUCAGCUGGGACGUGGUUAACAAGGCACCGCAUCAGGUGUGGCAGACGCUUGAGGGAAGGACGGCUAUGGAGAAGAGGUUGGGUGAGCUGGUAAAGGCGGCGAGGAAAGUGGAAAUUCCGACGGUUGAGAAGGAAAAGUUGUUCUAGGUGAAAGAUUGUGAUUGUGGGUGGGCCAUUUCCUCUGCUCCCGUCUGAUUUCUCCGUCGUUGGUAUUUGUGCUUUUCUUUGCAUAUUCAUUCCUCGUUGUAAUUGGUCUUUGCCUGUAAUGAGUACAUAGCAUGGCGUUUCCGGGUCGUCUGAAGGUGGUAUACCUGGUAGCUCUACUCUUCGCGGGUGAUAUAUGGUUAAUUGUACAGAAUGGAAGGAUCAGUGAUGGAAAACGAUAUGCGAGACUUGAUCUCCUCCACCAUAUGCAC